UUAAGAUUCUUUCAUUGCUGAUAUAGAGUAUUGAUAUCCAACUCGGGAUGGCAAUUGAUAGUACCAAAGCAACACUUGCUGUGAAGCGGAGGCUUGCAUGUGAGAUGGUGAAAUAUUGGCAACAGGCUCAAGAUAACAUCAUGAAUCUUCCAUUAGCAAAUGGAUGGGGGGAGAAGCAUCGACUCUAUGUGAAAUGGAAAUAUCUUGAAGCCAAGGCUGCGGCAUAUUAUUAUCAUGGUUUGAUACUUGAUGAGGGAAAUACAGAGAAGUCACAUGGAAUGGCUGUAGCUGCUUUGCAAGCUGCAGAUGAGUAUUUCAAGGAAGGAAAGAAGGCAUCUGAAGCAUUUAAUGCAGCUUCCCCUUUAUCGAGAAAUCCGCCACUUUGGGGAACAAUGAAGUAUCUAUCUGAGAAAAUCCCGAAAGAUACUUCUAGCAAGGUGCGGAUAAACCGGGAUCUAUACUCUCAUGAAAAAAUCAUGGAGACAGCACCUACGUUGCCUGAUUUUGCUUUGUCACUGAAACCUGAUGAUUAUCAACUUCCCUCUGUACAUCCUUCAUGGAACGAGGAGAACUUGCACCAUGUUCCAACUGGCUCCAACCAAGUCAAGGGUAACAGUAGAUAGUGAAUAAAGAUAUUUUUCAGAUUGCAAGUAUACGAUUGCCAAUCUCAAGACAGUUGCCAGUCAAAUUGUUGUAUGUAUGGAAGGUCCAUUCUUAUCCAAUUUUCUCUUUGAUGGUUUCUUAUCUUCAAUAUGAUUUAUCUGUAAUGUUGCUCUAGGGCGUUUACACAACUUUCUUGUGUGUGUUAAACUGUAAAUUGACCCUUUCCAAUAUGGUUAUUCUGAUUCAGGGAAUAAGAAUAAUGUGUAUGUCUUUGUGAUGAUUGAAGUGAGCCAGGAAAUUGGCCAUCUGUUUGAUAGAUAAGCUUUGUUCAAGUACCUUGUUUGUAAAGUUGGUAAUGCAAGAAAUGACACAAAAAAAAAGAAAAGUCAUUGGGCAAGUUUGUUCUGCUGAUA